CGAGAACGCAUUUUCUGCCCGAUGGAGAUAGGUUAAACAAAUUUCAUUUGUCGUAAGGAAAUGUCACUGAUGUCAGAAUAAAGAUGGCAGAGAACCCUUCAUCGGACGAAGAGUUUCCAGAAGGGGCACAUGAAAGGGUGAGCAGUGCAUUGCCUAUUCAUAAUAGUGCUAGCAUACAUUUCCCUGAUGAUGAACUGGAAAUUUUCCGUGCAGUGAGAUAUGAUGAUGUGGAGAUGGUCGGACGUCAAAUUCGCAGCGGAGUGGAUGUAAACGUGUUGCAUGAAGGUGGCAAAUGUACAUUGAAGGAUAGAGCCCUGCACCGUCCCAUUUUAACGAAGAGUUAUUCCCCUUUGCAUGUCGCAGUUCUACAUUCUUCUAUGAAGAUGAUAAAUUUCUUGCUUGAAAAUGGAGCAGAUGUGAAUGCUGUAGAAGGCAAUAACCAGACACCACUUCACUUUGCCACGGCAUGUGGUAGAGUUGGUGUGGUGAGGAGGCUAAUAGAGGCAGGAGCUGAUGUAAAUGUCCAGACGUCCAGUGGGAAGACUGCUGUGAUGGAGGCAGUGGUCAGUAACAACAUUGAAAUGGUCAGAUGUCUGCUAGCUGCUGGGAUUGAUCUCGAGCUGACCGAUAUCAAGGGUGGCACAGUCCUGUACAUGUCCACAAUCUUCACAGGGAAAGACACAAGGUUUAUCCAGUGCCUAAUACAAGCUGGUUGUGAUGUGAACAAAACUAACAAACAAGGUGCUAGUCCAUUAAUGAUGGCCGCCCAGCUGCACAUUCACUCGGCUGUAUCCAUGCUGAUCAAGGCAGGGGCAAACAUCAAUCAGGCUGAUCAGGCUGGGUUAACUCCCUUGCAUCCCUGUGUUGAGAACAAUCAUAACCUGGACAUGGUGCUGUAUCUGAUUCAGCAGGGAGCAGAUGUGAACUGGAGGGACAGAAAAGGAAAGACACCAUUAGACAAGACAAUUAUCAAUGGUCGUUUGAGGAUGAUAAAGCUGUUAGUGACAGCUGAUGCACAUUACACAUACAGUCAGAUGACAUCCACAAGAAUGGAGGAACUGUCUAACUACUGGCCACCGUUUAAGGAGUGGUUGAUGAAGGAGCUGAGCACACCCUGGUCUCUACAGAGAUGUUGUCGUCAGGUUAUCAGGGACAAUUUAGGGCCUGGCCGGCUUGGACCAGAUGUAAUCAAUUCCUUGUGUCUCCCUACCUCACUCAAGUUUUAUCUGCGUAUUAAAUCACCUGAGCUGGAUAGUGAGUAUGGACUUCGGGGUCCUCCACCCCCCAAACCUAAAAUAUCGAUCUCUAUGAUCCCUAUUGUGCCGUUCAUGCCAGCUGGCACAGACACGUGAACAUGUAAACUGUCUAGGUGUACAAGUCAUGACAGGUGUGAUGAUCUGUGAUCUUGAUCUACGCCCUUGAGGCAACAUGAAAAUUUGUGAGAUUUAACUGAUAUGGCUAACAGUUGCGAUGCAGUGCAUUUAAUGUGGUAAAAUUGUUAUUAUGUGUUAGAUGAACAUUGUUUGUUUUUUAAAAACUUUAUGGCUGUAUUUGUUUAAGCGUGAAUAAAUGACAUAUAUUUAUAACUUAUACUGAAAAGAGAUUGUAAAUGAAAAUAUUUCAUUUAAAAAUGUUAAUUUUAGUCCUCCAGGAUUUAGAGUGAAGUACAGGAUUUGCAUUUUUUUUUAUAGGUUGUGCAAUUUAAGGCCUGUUGUUUUUUUUUUUUUAUGGAAAAUGCAUUUGUACAUGUAUCAAACGUAUGCUAUGUAUGUUACAUGUAUGUGGAAAGCUCAAAAAUAGAUAUAAAAUCUUUUGUUAAAUGUAAAUUGUUAGGUUAUGUAAAUAACGUUUUUAUAUAGGUAUGUUGACUGUGAUUAACAAAACAGAAUAUGACAACAUUUUGUAGAGCACAUAUUGAUUUAGUCGUGUUUUUGUGCCUUUAUUAUGAGAGCUUCAUCCAGGUGUACAUGU